UCUACCUUUCUUUAACAACACACGUGUUGABAGUUGUGCGUUUUAUUUUUACAAAUUAUUUGUAUAAUUUGUAAAAAUGCGCAUCGACACGUGCUACUUUUGCUCCAGCAAAAUAUACCCUGGGCAUGGGGUACACUUUGUACGCAAUGACUGCAAAAUUUUUAAAUUUUGUCGAGGCAAAUGUCACAAAGCCUUUAAGAAGAAGAAGAACCCACGUAAAGUAGCAUGGACAAAGGCACAUCGCAAGGCAGCCGGAAAGGAGUUAACAAUUGACCCCAGUUUCGAGUUCGAGAAACGCCGCAAUGUGCCCAUCAAAUACAAUCGCGAUACCUGGCAGAAGGCAAUUACAGCGAUUAAGAAGGUUACAGAGAUUAAGGAGCGUCGUGAAAAGCACUUUGUCAUGGAGCGUCUGCGUAAGGGCCGACAGGUUGAGAUCCAAAUGGAUGUUAAGGAUGUGCAACGAAAUAUGUCGCUCAUACGUUCACCAGCCGCUGGCUUGAGGGAACGCCGCGCCAAGGAAGAGGCUGAGGAAGACGCCCUUAUGGACGAAGACCUGCCAGAGGAGAAGAUCACGUAUGUGGAUGCACGCGAGCUAGAAAAGAGACUCGAGGAGGGCAUGACGGAGGCAGACUUGGAAAUGCUAGAGUCUUAAUUGAAAACAUUUUAAAUAGUUUUAGGGUUAAGUUUACAGCAGAGAAAAUUAAAAUAUGUGGUAAA